AUGCUGAUUUAUCACAGUGAGGAUUGGCUCUCGGACUGGCAUGUUGAUUGUCAGGUUUCACAACUGUUAGGGGUUGCCGGCGGCUCAACCGGUCUUGUUACAAACGCCUACGUGUCUCGGAUAGUGGUAGGUGAUGACCAGUUUAGGGCCCUAGGUCGACUGCAGGGCGCGGUAAUGUUUGGAACAGCAUUGGCCUACCUUGGUGGAGGCUUGGUAAGCGAAUACUACAGCGUAUCUUCUGCUUUUGCAACAGCACUUGGGCUCAUGGUGUGCUCUGUUAUCUUCGAACUGGCCUUUCUGGGGAACUCAAGGCCCGCCGCGACAUCUCCUCGCCCCCAAGGCUUCUCCCCCUCGAAUUUUUUUGCCCCCGUGAGAAUCUUCAAGCCAGCCCUAUUGCAGCUUGCCAAUGGCCGGGUUACGAGAUACCACGGCGGCUGGGCUCUCGGCCUCAGUUCAUUCCUUGGAGCAUUGGCGACGGGGUUUAUGCCCAUUCUUCUGCAGCUGUAUUCGACCAACGCGCUUGGAUUCAGUGUCGAACAGAACGGAUUCCUUAUGGCUAUCAACUCUGGUGUAAAGGGUCCCUUCUUAACGACGCUGUUCCCCCCUUAGAUAAUCAAAAUUAAUCAGUAUUAAUCGAGUAUUAAAACUCCAGGCAAGCCUGGUAACUGCGCAAGCCACGUGCGA